CUAUCUUGGCACCCAGGAAGGACCUCACUGCCGGUGGAGAUUCCCCGAGCCCACUCUAGCUCGUGAGGCAUUGACCUCAGCUGAUCUGCAUCUUCUCAGCCUAAGAGUUCAGACGCCGCCUAGGGGCUGCUCUCCCGGGAGGCAACGGCGCCGCCGGUUUCACCGCCCUCCUCGUCUCAACUACAACUUCCAGCGGCCACAGCGGCAUCUGCCUGUCUCCUUCGCGCGGAACCCAGGCGCUAGGCCUGCUGGGAAGUGUAGUUCCGUGGACUCCCCAGCGCGGGACCUUCUGGGAAACCCAGGUGCUAGCCGUCAAGAGACCGUCGAGCUGCGGGCGUCUCUUAAACUUCUGAGACUCGGCCGAGGGUGGAGGGUUUUCGGAAUGGGAACCAAGAAGGACGCCAGGGUUCAGGCCUCAGCUGCGGACUCCUCGAAUUCCCCAGUGAGCUCAGGCCGCGUCCCUCCAGCCCUGCUCCUUCCCUCCAGUCAUGCUUCGUUCCUCCACAUCUCACCCUCCAGGUGAAGGGUGGAGGGGUCACCUGCCAAAAAAGUCUGGGGCGCCAAGCACCGGGGCACUCUAGGCAGCGUGACCUGAGGCCAGACAGGACUACUCCAUGUACCAUCCACGGGAGCUGUACCCCUCCCUGGGGCCCAGCUACCGCCUUGGGCCCCCCCAGCCCGGGGCAGAUUCCAGCUUCCCGCCUGCCCUGGCAGAGAGCUAUCGCUACCCGGAUCUGGACCCUCCCAAACUGGAUUGCUUCCUCUCUGGGAUUGAAGCUGCUCCCCGCCCUCUGGCUGCGCCCCCACCUCUACCCCCACUGCCCCCAGCCCUGGGCACCGAGCCACCCCCUCCAGCCCCAGAAGCCCUUCAUUCUCUCCCUGGAGUCAGCCUGAGCCUGGAGAACCGGGAGCUGUGGAAGGAGUUCAACUCCGUAGGAACAGAGAUGAUCAUCACCAAAGCCGGGAGGCGCAUGUUCCCCGCUUGCCGAGUAUCUGUCACCGGCCUGGACCCCGAGGCCCGCUACCUGUUUCUUCUGGAUGUGGUUCCGGUGGAUGGGGCUCGCUACCGCUGGCAGGGCCGGCGUUGGGAGCCCAGCGGCAAGGCAGAGCCCCGCCUGCCGGACCGCGUUUACAUCCACCCCGACUCCCCCGCCACCGGUGCCCACUGGAUGCGGCAGCCUGUGUCCUUUCACCGCGUCAAGCUCACCAACAGCACGCUGGACCCCCACGGCCACCUGAUCUUGCACUCCAUGCACAAGUAUCAGCCCCGCAUACACCUGGUGCGGGCCGCCCAGCUUUGCAGCCAACACUGGGGGGGCGUGGCCUCCUUCCGCUUCCCCGAGACCGCGUUCAUCUCCGUGACAGCCUAUCAGAACCCGCGGAUCACACAGCUGAAGAUCGCAGCCAACCCCUUUGCCAAAGGCUUCCGGGAGAAUGGCCGAAACUGUAAGAGGGAGCGAGACGCCCGUGUGAAGAGGAAACUGCGGGGCCCAGAACCAGUAGCCACAGGGGCCUAUGGGAGUGGAGAUGCACCAGGCGGUCCCUGUGACUCCACACUGGGCGGGGACGUUCGAGAGUCAGAUCCCGAGCAGGCUCCAGCGUCCCGGGAAGCUGCCCCGGCCCCAGCUCCUCCCUGCGGUGGCCCCAGUGCGGAGGCGUACCUUCUGCACCCUGCAGCCUUCCAUGGGGCCCCCGGUCACCUUCCAACCAGGACCCCCAGCUUCCCCGAGGCUCCAGACUCGGGGCGCCCAGCCCCCUACUCAGCUGCCUUCCUGGAGCUGCAGCCCGGGCCAGCAGGCUCGGGGUACCCCGCAGCUGCACCCCCAGCAUCCUUUGCCUCGCACUUCCUCCCAGGGGGCCCCUUCCCCCUGCCCUACCCUGGGCCUGGGCCUUACCUGGAUGUGGGCUCCAAACCAAUGUACUGAGCCUUUGCUGAAGCCCCGCUGCCUCCCUCCCUCCAGGGUCCAGCGCACACCUCCAGUUCCCUUCCCCCAGGCCUGUAGCCCCCUCACUUCCACUGGCCCCAUCCCCCACGCCAAAUGGCUGCCUUGGGCCUCCCCCACCCCACUUCACACGUUGAUUUCACUCCCACCCCCCUCUGGCUUCAAAGCUCUGGCUAAGCCGCUGGGAGUCCAGCUGGGGCCAGCUUCCCCUUCCCGGCUCUCACCUCGGUGUGAAUGGAGGGAGGCUCUGCCUGGCCAAAUGGGGCCUGGGACCAGCACUCCCCCUUCCCAGGCCUCACCCUUGGGCUCCACGGGUUCUCCCCCCUCGCCCCAGUGCAAGCCACACCUGUCUGUCCUCAGGAUCCGAGUAUUUUUGUUAAUAAACCUCAAAAGACAUGAGCGCUCUGGAA